AUGGUAGUGGACAUUCUGGUGCUUGGAGCGACAGGCUUCACAGGAAAACUGGUCGUUCAAUACUUAGCAACCCACCGUGAUCGAACAUCAUUUACUUUUGCCCUCGGCGCUCGCUCGCAAGAGAGACUGCAACGAAUUAAGAACGAAUUGGGUCUUGGAGAAGAUAUUCAACUCGUGUCUGUCGACGUCACGAACCUCGAAGACGUUCAGAAUGCCGUGAGCGGAUGUCGGGUCGUCAUUAACACUGUCGGUCCAUUCUACAAAUGGGGGCGACCCGUUGUACAAGCUUGUGCUCGUCUUGGGAAACACUACGUAGACCUUGCCGGGGAGCUGCACUAUAUCCGCGACAUCAUUCAUUCGUUCGACUUUCUUGCAUCGAAAACGCACGCAUGCAUCAUUCCGGCAGCCGGAUUUGACUCCAUCCCAUCUGACAUGGCUGCAUUCCUCGCCAACAAGACUCUGAAGGCACUCGUCGGGCCUGGAGCCGCUAUUGAAGGAAGUACGAGCGCAGUGCGCGUGAGCGGCACACUGAGCGGAGGUACCUUUGCGACUGCCAUCUCCAGUAUCGAAGACGUCCCACCUGAGGUGCGCAGGGUAUCAAGUCAACCCUACUCCCUAAGUAUCAUGGGCGCGCCUUAUCCUGGGUUGAAGCUGCUGUAUACCCUACCUGGACCGCCCUCAUUACCUCCUCUUCGCGGCGGCUUGUGGAUGAUGGCUCCCGUGAACAAAGCGGUGGUGCAGCGCACUUGGGCAUUACACACUCUUGCCGCUUGCAGGGACCCACAAAACAACGCACACCUGGAUUACGGAAAGACGUUCACGUAUGACGAGUUUCUUACUCUACGUAGCCGCUUAGCGAGCCUUGCUAUGGGCCUCGGACUUGCGUUGACUGGGCUUUGCCUCAUGAUUACACCGCUGCGGUGGAUAUUCAAGCGCAUUGUUCCGUCGCCGGGCACCGGUCCUUCGGAGGAGGUACAGAAGAAGGGCUUCCUUGAGCUUACCAACAUGACAUCGUCCGUGCCUACCGCUGAUGCCCCUAGAAGGUGGGUGCGCACGACCAUCAAGGGUCAGGGUGAUCCGGGGUAUUCUCUUACCGCAGCGAUGAUAUCUGAGGCCGCGCUUGCAUUGGCUCUUGAGCACGACAAAUUACCCGCGAUGGGCCAGGAAGGCGGCGUUCUGACCCCGAUGACUGCACUCGGAGACGUGCUUGUUGAUCGUUUCAAGCGCUCCGGGCGGUUCGAGAUCGAGAGCGAAGUUAUCGUUGGUGGUGAAGAGUCAAGGAAAACCAGAUAG